UGCUGUGAGACAGACGUGUUAAAGUGCAUUGAAUUACGAUCGUGUGUAAAUGUGUAUGCCUAUACGAGGCGCGGGGGCGGCUGGACCGGUCGACGGUCGCACGCCCGACCCGCCGACCUUACUUACCGUUCACUACGCAACACUCACGCUUCUAAGCGCAUCCCAGUACCAAAAAUGCAGUGGAUUAUAACUGCACGGAACGAACUAGUGCUUGUGUGAAUGUGUAUAACCGUGUUAUCGACUUGGACCCUCACUUUGGAUAUGUAAAUCAUGUUGGCACGCAGCAUUGGACCCGGAAAGGAAUGGAGACGAACCGCCCCAGCCAAACAGAACGGGAAGCAUGGCUGAAACUGUUCCCGAAACUUACAGCCCCCGGAUCAUGUUCAAGAGACGACGCUUGUCAAAACUGCUCGACAAACUCACGGUGCAAAUAAAUAAUAAUAAUAAUAAUUAUCCGUUUCCACAUUGGCUAAUGCUCGAUACUUCUUAUUACGACGUCAAGGCGCCCGAGGACGCACCGCUCGACCUCUCCAUAAAAUCCGAGCGGCCGAAGCCGCCUGUGCCGCCCCUGCACGCUUGCGAAAUAUGCGGACAGACGUUCACGAUGCACGAUCGUCUGGCCAAGCACGUCGCGUCCCGGCACAGGAAUAAGGCCCCGGAUGCUGCACGGGCUUACGAGUGCGAGAUCUGCCACCGUCGCUUCGCUCGCUCCGACAUGUUGACGCGCCACGCUCGCUUGCACAGCGGCGUGAAGCCGUACUCUUGCUCCGCUUGCGGUCAAGUGUUCUCGCGCUCUGAUCAUCUGGCCACUCAUCAGCGCACGCACACGGGAGAGAAGCCCUACCGUUGCCCGUCCUGCCCAUACGCGGCCUGCCGCCGCGAUAUGAUAACUAGGCACAUGCGCACUCACAAUCGACGACCCCAUCCCGCCGAAAUCUAAACGCACUCAAUAUACCCUCUUAUUUUUAUUAUCGGUUUUGAGUACCUAUUUAAGUUUAUUAAUUUAUUCUUAUAUAUAUUUUUUUGAGAUGAUUAAUUUAAUUGUAUCGGUUAUUAGGUGGAGGACUCGAAGGAUCCGAUGGCGGUCUACCCAUCUUGUUUCGGUAAGACAUAUCACAUUGCAACAAACUUAGAUUUCAAUGCAAAUUGUUUUUCUGCGAAUGUUCAUUAUUUAUCUGCAAUGCGAUGUGUCUAUUUCCUUCAAUGAACAGAUUUCGAAGUAAACUUUAUUUAAACGAGGAAAAAAAUUGGAUCUCACAUUGAUUCGCUAAAGAGUAGGUAUAUAAGAGCAUAAACCAAAAAUGUAGGACUUUACUUACUUCGAGGUCUGGUUUACGAAGAAACAAUUUUGCAAUGUUACUUUUAUUUAAUUGUUAAUUAUUAGUUAUUACUAUAUUUUGCUUAAAAGCAAAAAUAUAAGAUGUUUGAGUAUCUUUAUUUGUGUUUAUUAUAAUUAACGUUUGAUGGUUUGAUUUUUUGUUUUUUUUUUUAAUUGCUCAGCGCUGUUUAAGUUCUCUUUGAGGAAUUUUUUUUGCAACGUAGGUAAAUAAGAGUCUAUACGUUAAUACAUAAUACUAUAAUUUAGGAUUGUUGCAUGUAAGUACCUGUUGAAAAAUAUUAUUGUAUUAAAAAUACAAAAAAAUAUGUGUGAUGUCAACCUCUUUUAAAAUUACAUACAUGUUUCUCUAUGUGUAGGAAGAUGAUAUAUAGGUACAUUGUUAUUCACAUCAUUAGUAGCAUAAAAAAACAAUGCGUAACUAGGUACAUACUCGUAGCUUUAGUCGUAGUCUUAUAAAUGUCUAAUUUUAUUACAACUUACAAGUACUAGUAGCCAGUAGGUACCUACAUAUAGUAAAAAAUGUUUGGUUUCCAAUUCAGCAUUUUAUCCGUAAAUAGUUCCUUCCAUUUUUUUCUUUUUCAUCCUGUUAUUUAAAGACAUUACUUGGUAUUUAAUAAUUAAAUACAUUAUGUUAGUAAAUUAAUUUUAAGAAUAUAGAUGUAUUUAAAAAUAGAGGCUUAUUCUGCUUGUAUAUUUUCUUUAGAUGCGUCUCAGAACUUCUAGAUCAAGGUUUUGCGAAAUACCAAAUAGUAUUUAAGGCGUGCAUACUUUAAUUAUUAUUAGAGGUUGUAUUUCUGGCGUUACAUUAUAAUAUAUUAUUAAUGUAAUUAAAUAUAAUUAUACGAUAAAUUAUUGUUAUAUAUUAGAUGUUGUUCGGUAAAUAUCUGUGAGAAGUUAUCGGCUUAUUUCGUUGCAUUAUUUUUUAGAAAUAGAUGUCAGAAGGGAUUUUUUGUGAUUAAUAGUAAUAAGUAACUAUUAUUAGAUAAGUAUUGAUUAAACUACCAACAAAAAAUUAUGUGCAUUCAAGUUUCUUGCAUAUAGGUACAUAACUUGUUGAGGCUACCCUUAUCGAUUGUGAUUAAAAAAGAAUUAUUAAGACCGAUACCUACAGAUACCUACUCACUACAUGUUUAUACAAAAUUCCGUAAAAAACGAUCAAACCGUUUCCAUUUUCCAAUUUUAUAAUAAUCAAAAAACGUAACUCCCAUUUUGAUAAACGUUGGAUACUAAUAUUUUUUUUCAUUCUAAUUACUUAUGGGAUCUAAUUCGAUUGAUUAAUUGAUUAUUGGAAAAGUCUUAAAUUCAAGUAAUUAACACCUUUGAUUUUUCUGGUCUUGUUAUAGUACAUAUUUAAAGUUAAAUUGUAGAUUCAAUGUUAAUGUGUAUUCCCUAGAAUAUACUUAUUAUAAUAUUUCACUCGAAACUAUCGCUUAUAUAUUAUUUUAUUUUUUAAGUAGAUACAUAUUUCUGUUUUUUUAUUUAUGGUUAUAAAUAAGAAAAAGCAUGAAUAUUUGUGUGUAUUUUACUGUGAUAGAGAGUGUUAUAUUCAAAGUUAUUCCGUUUGUUAUAUUAUGUCGUCUUAACAAUAGAUAUCUAAGGUGUUUAUUUAUUGAACUUUGAACUUAAAUAAAGAUUAAAAUAUUCAA